CCGUGGUGUUGUGGAAGAAUGGCUAUCAGAAUUCAAGGCAUUACCUGACACUCAGAUCACAAGUUAUGCAGCAACCUUACAUCGGAAAAAAACACUUGUACCAGCCCUCUAUAAAGUUAUUCAGGAUUCGAAUAAUGAGAUACAGCCUCCAAGAGUGCCUCUGCUGUGUACUGGAGUGAGUUUGAAGAAGUUCAGCUCCUGGAGCCUGUCUGCCACCAACUGUUUGAGCUGUACCGCAGCUCUGAAGUUCGGCUUAAGAGAUUCACAUUGCAGUUUUUGCCAGAAUUGAUGUGGGUUUAUUUACGGCUUACAGUUAGCCGAGACCGACAGAGUAAUGGUUGCAUUGAAGCGCUUCUUUUAGGAAUUUACAAUUUGGAAAUUGCCGAUAAAGAUGGAAACAAUAAAGUUUUAUCUUUCACUAUCCCUUCCUUAUCCAAGCCUUCAAUAUACCAUGAACCCUCAACAAUCGGAUCCAUGGCUUUGACGGAAGGGGCACUGUGUCAACAUGAUCUCAUCAGAGUUGUUUAUAGUGAUCUUCAUCCACAGAGAGAAACAUUCACUGCACAAAACAGGUUUGAAGUUCUGAGUUUUCUCAUGUUGUGUUAUAAUUCUGCUAUUGUGUAUAUGCCAGCCUCAUCUUACCAAUCUCUUUGUCAGAUGGGUUCCAGGGUAUGUGUGAGUGGGUUUCCACGGCAACAUGAAAAACAUUGGAAAGAACUCUGUGGCCGAAUAGUAUUGGAUCCUGAGUUUAUGGUGCAACUUCUCACGGGCAUUUAUUAUGCCAUGUAUAAUGGACAGUGGGACCUUGGUCAGGAAGCUCUUGAUGACAUCAUAUAUAGAGCUCAGCUAGAACUCUUUUCUCAGCCAUUAUUGGUUGCCAAUGCCAUGAAAAACUCAUUACCAUUUGAUGCUCCUGACUCCUCACAAGAAGGCCAGAAAGUACUUAAAGUAGAAGUCACUCCAACAGUGCCGAGGAUUUCUCGGACUGCAAUUACAACAGCUUCAAUACGCCGUCAUAGAUGGAGGAGAGAAGAUGGCUUUGACUUCUCAAACGAGGCUGACUCGAGUAUUCCUGGCUCCCCGAUCCAACACGGCUCCACUGACCUAGGGAUCAAACGUGUGCAAGAGGGGGAGGUGCUGGUGCGCAGGACCUCUGAGCCUGGCUCGCCGGAGCCCAACUCAGCAGCAGCCACAACAGAGGGUGCUGAGGGUAUAAAUGGAGACGAACCCGUAAACAUGAAUGAUGCAGAUGAAGGUUUUUCAUCAGGGGCUUCCCUCAGCAGCCAACCAAUUGGAACCAAACCAUCCUCCUCGUCUCAGAGGGGAAGCCUGAGGAAAGUAGCAGCGGGGCGUUCCACCAAGGACAAAGAAACAGCCUCCACCACCAAGUCCAGUGAGAGCCCUCGAGAUGCAGUAGUUCGCAAGCAGUAUGUACAGCAACCAGCUGAUCUUAGUGUAGAUUCAAUAGAGUUGACACCGAUGAAAAAACACCUGAGUCUUCCUGCUGGCCAGGUGGUGCCAAAAACCAAUAGUUUAAGUCUAAUCCGGACAGCCAGUGCUUCCUCAAGUAAAUCAUUCGACUAUGUAAAUGGCGGUCAAGCAGGUACCAGCAUUGGGGUUGGCACUGAGGCAGUUACUAAUUUAGCAGCCAACAAUACUAAUCGAUAUUCAACUAUCAGUCUACAGGAAGACCGGUUGGGUCAGGCUGGUGAAAGCAAGGAGCUCCUUAGCCCAGGAGCCCCAUUAAGCAAGCAAUCUCGAUCCCCAAGUUUCAAUAUGCAGCUAAUAUCCCAGGUGUAGUUUUGAAAGCCUCUCUCCUCUUUCUGCUUAUCUUUUAAAGUGAACAUUUCAUUGUUCAAGAAGAGACUGCAUCCCCUUUGUGAAAAUAUUGAGUCAUCACAAUCAGAUUUGGUCUAGGUAUCUUCAUAUACUGUAUUUCGUAUGGAAACAGCAAUAAGGUUUUCUUUCCCCUUGUCCCAUAUCUUCUAUUCCUUGUAAAUGUGGUUGUGAAACAGUGUAAAAUCUUUGCCUUUUCCAUGCCUUCCUUUUUCCUUGGGUGAUGUGCAAUCCAUCGUAGGCUGAUCGGUCCCAUUUCAACACUGUGAGACUGCGAAUAUGUUAGAGGAAAUGGUGUAUAUGAUCCCUAUGAAAUGAUUCUUUGACUUUUGUUUAAAAACAAAACGGGUUUGCUCUCGUAAUCUAUAGAACUAUGAAGAUUACUGGAUCAUAUUUUUUUCUCUCGUAACCAGGAGUGCCUCAGAGAUUCUGCUAUGACUUUGGACUUUUCUGAGUCUGUGCAAUCAUUUUCUUGAGAAGCAUGGGGAAAGAUGGUAGACUACUGCACUUUUAAUUAAAAUGAGGUUGGCCACCCCACCAUCUCCCUUAUCCCGAAGAUAUAAAUGUUCAUUUACUGAGGCAUGUAAAUCAAAUUGUACCCACUUCCUUUGGAGGGAGAUGCUAUAAGUUGGUUGUGUAAUUGAUAAUGCACUUUCUCAAUGGCUCUGUAGUCAUUUUAAGAUGUCUUCCCUCUUCCCCACAAGGACACAGGACAUUUCUGUCCUUAAAGUUUGAACAGUUAGCAAAUCAGAGAAUCCAAGGAGCAUGUUCAGUUUUCCAGGAAUGAUUGACACUUGGUGCUGGGGUUUUGUGGGGGGAGGGGUGGUUUUUGUUUAGCUUGUGUGUGAGGGGAAGUUUUGACUGGGUUUUUUCUUUGUCUUUGUGAGCUGAUGACUGAAGUAGAGCAGUACAUCUUCAGGUAAAGGGAGGGAUUUCUCAGUCCACUUUCUGUGAUCUCAGACAGUUGGAGAAACCCUUUCAGCUGCUUCCUAGAUGUACUUAAAAUUCAGUCAGAUAUUUUGAUUAAGAAACCUAAAGUCCUAAGAGAUCAUAUACUCCAAGGAAAUACAUCAGGGACAGAUAAUUGGCUGAAAACACUGAUGCUUCAAUGUGACACAUUUUUAUAGAACAUUUUUACCAGGGGGUACUGAUUGAUUUCUCCUGCAAGGACCACACUGCCUUUGUGUUUAAUGUAACGCAAUUUGUGAAUCUUCUGAUCAUAUAUCUGCAAAGUUUCUCAUUUUUAUAAAACUUUGAAAUCAUGCCAGUAAGCUAGAUGUUGAAUGUAUGUAAGUAGCAUUUGGUAACUGCUAAGAGGCUGCAAAAAUACAUUAUUGGUAACAAAAAAAAGUUUGUAUUUGGUUGUAUGCAUUUUAUUAUAAACUCUUCUGAGUCUCAGGCUCUAAGAUUUGAAAAAGAAGGGAAUAUGUUGUGUUUUUGAAAAUCAGUAUUGUGACUUAAACUGCUAUAAGUUAUCCUUCCAUGAAAUACAUUAGAGCUAUUAAUGCUCUUUAUAUUUAGGUGUUUUUAUUUCACUAUUGUGAACGAAAAAUAUAAAGUUUAUAGAAAGCAAGUAUUCUCCUAAUUAACAACCUUUAAAAUUUUACCUCUACCAGUUAAAACUGUAGUAUCUUUUGAUAAAUAAAUUAUCCAGGAAAAUGACUUUUUUAAAGUGGCUUUUUUUUUUUAGUGACGUCUCACCCUUUAUUGUUAAGAGCAAUUUUUUUUAAAUGAGUGACUUUCUGUUAGUGUCUUUAUAAGAACAACAAGGUGUUUGAAUUUGACAGUG